CUACACAAGUUUCUGGACAAGCCCCUACACCGGGUGGCUCAGAAAAGGACGAGAAAGAAGAGACGAAAGAUGACAAAUCUGAUUCAAAGGAUAGCAAAGAUAAGGACGAGCCGAUGGACACGAGCGACAUCAAAGAGGAAAUCAAAACUGAAGAGAAGGAAGCUAAGGUAGUAAAAGAAGAAAUUAAAGAGGAACGCCGUAUGUCCGUCGACGAGGAGUCGCCUAAAGAUGAAGAAAAAUCUGAAGAAAAGAAAGCAGAUGAGAAAGACGAGAAACCAGAAAAGGAAGAUGACAAAAAAGAUGACGUCAAGAGUGAGAAAGCUGAGUCUGAGGCUUCCGAGAAGCCGAAAGAAGAGAAGAAAGACGAAGACGACGACGACGUGGUACUCGUCAAGGAGGAGGAGGAUCUCAAGGUUGAACGCCGCAAGUUCAUGUUCAACAUCGCUGAUGGUGGUUUUACAGAGCUGCAUACGUUGUGGCUGAAUGAGGAGAGAGCGGCUGCGCCUGGUAGAGAGUACGAGAUAUGGCACAGGCGGCACGACUAUUGGCUGCUGGCUGGCAUCGUAACGCACGGCUAUGGCCGCUGGCAGGACAUUCAGAAUGAUUUGCGGUUCGCGAUCAUCAAUGAGCCGUUCAAGAUGGACGUCGGCAAGGGCAACUUCCUUGAGAUUAAAAAUAAGUUCCUGGCGAGGCGAUUUAAGCUGCUAGAGCAAGCGCUGGUGAUAGAGGAGCAGCUGCGGCGCGCCGCGUACCUGAACCUGACGCAGGAUCCCAACCACCCGGCCAUGUCGCUGAACGCGCGUUUCGCCGAGGUGGAGUGCCUCGCCGAGUCGCACCAGCACCUCAGCAAGGAGUCGCUCGCCGGCAACAAGCCGGCUAACGCGGUGCUGCAUAAGGUGCUGAACCAGCUGGAGGAGCUGCUGUCGGACAUGAAGUCGGACGUGUCGCGGCUGCCGGCGACGCUGGCGCGCAUCCCGCCCGUGGCGCAGCGCCUGCAGAUGUCGGAGCGGUCCAUCCUGUCGCGCCUCGCCGCCACCGCCGGCAACCCCGUGCCCGCCGGGCAAAUGGCGCAAUUCCCGGGCGGGUUCCAGUCGGGCACGCUGCCGGGCUUCUCUGCGGCGGCGGCGGCGGCCAACUUCACCAACUUCCGGCCGCAGUACUCCGUGCCUGGACAGCCCGCCACGCCCUCAUCUAAUAAAUCGUAAGCUAGCGGAUUGUGUCGCGCUGAGAAACAAUUUAUACCAGUAUAACAGCAUUUGGUGUACCGCAAGCGCAUAGACGAAAAUUUUAGUUAUAAGCUUUCCAAGAUUACUGUUCCACCUUGGGGUUAAGCGAUAAUUAGUAUUUAGUGCAGUUAUGUUAAGUAACACAAUAAUAAUGUCAUUUUGAAAUGGAACUCACAAUAUUAUUUAUUUCAUCCUUACCUGUAUGAAUCUUGAUUUAUGCAUGUUUGUGGAUUUAUGAAAACUUUAUUUUUAAUUUACCAAAAAUGAAAAAAAUAAAUCAUAC